AAACAAUCCUUACUUGUUUUAAAACCUUAAAAUCCAUGCUCUUUGGAGUUUGACAUAGACUCUGUCACUUUGUUUUGUCAACUGUAAUCGGCAAAAUGUCGGCACACAAGACAUUUAUUAUCAAGCGCAAGCUUGCCAAAAAGCUGAAACAAAACAGACCUAUCCCACAGUGGGUCAGAAUGCGCACAGGGAAUACUAUUAGAUACAACGCUAAGAGGCGUCACUGGAGGAGGACUAAGCUCAAGCUGUAAGCUGGAGCUGAAGUAGAACAGUUAAGCUAAAUAAAUUCCCUUCACCAUCUAA